GUCUAAUCCCACAGUCAUAUGAUUAAGUGUUUCAUCCUUUCCUUUGGACAUAAGUUCUUAACCCAACAAACAGUCCCCAGUAAACCUUUACAAUCAAAUCUCAAAAACUUGCCAUGAAGAAAUUUGAAGUUCUCGCCAUCAUCAACGCCAUCAUCCUCUCAAUUUUUCUCUUGUUGGUCAAUAAUGUUAGGGCCCAAGAGAGUCCGGGCCCUCCAAAAGAAGUCCUCCACCCUAUCCGCCCAAGCCUCACGGUCAUCAUCGGGAUGCUAUCAGUCAUGUUCUUCCUGACGUUCCUCGUCCUCGCCUAUGCAAAGUUCUGCCAUAGAACCCCGGCUUUCAAUAUAAAUCAGAAUCUUAUCAACAGCUUCCGAUCGAAUUCUCGGUUAUCUGGGGUCGACAGGAAAGUUGUUGAGUCCCUCCCUUUCUUCCAGUUCUCUUCUCUCAGGGGGUCUAAAGAAGGGCUCGAGUGUGUGGUUUGCUUGUCCAAGUUUGAGGAUGCGGAGAUCCUCAGGCUUCUGCCUAAUUGCAACCAUGCGUUUCACGCGAAUUGCAUUGAUCGGUGGUUCGAGAGACACUCAAGUUGCCCUCUUUGUAGGCACAAGCUGGACGCGAGGGAAAUACCAAAUUUUUCUUAUUCAAUGAGCUUGAGGUUCUCCCAGAACCCUUCUAACUUGUCUACCGAAGAUCUCAAUAGUAAUCUCGAGCUCUAUAUACAAAGGGAGGAGGAACGACUGGAUUCAUCACAAUGCGCCACUGGAAGCAGUUUUCAAUAUGCUGAAGAUGGGAAGAAAGACAAAGAACUAUUAGUUGGAGAUUCAAUCGAAAGUUGCAGAGAGGGUGACCUACGAACAGUAUUGCACAAGUUCAAGCACAAGAUCAUUGUGUCCGAUGCAGUGAUCAAGAACCGGUGGAGUGAUGUAAAUUCCUCAGACUUGAUGUUUCUAAACUCGGAGAUGCUAGGCGACUUAUCAAGCAAGAGAUUCUCGGAACUGAGGAGUGGAAGUUUUAAUGACGAUGGAAAAAAAAUUUUGGCUGACAAGCAAAUGUCGAGGAUUAAAGAGGACAUAGAGAGGAAGCGACUGCACGAGACCAUGAUUACUAAGCUCAGUACGAGCCAAUCUUUUGUUACCAGCUCAAGCUAUGAUUAUUCUUCGAGUUUCGAAGAAAGUCAGCCAAGGAUAAUGAAUUCAGCAGAGAAGCGAUCGAUUUCAGAAAUUACAAAUUUCUCAAGAUUUGCUUCUUCUAUGAAGACUACAAGUAACAAAGAAUCUCCAUUUAUUAACGGAAAGGAGGAGAGAAUAAGAAGGCUCUGGUUGCCAAUAGCUCGAGGAACCGUUCAAUGGUUGGCCGGCCGUGAAAGAAGUUCCGAUGACACCAUGGAGGAUGAAUUUCGCAGAUUGAACGUAUGACCUUACAACUAGGAAGAAUAUUGAAAUGUUGAAAAAGUUCGAUUUUUUGGUAUCGCGGUAGAAGUGUUAAUUAGGCCAAAGAAAUUACACAGUUAAUUUCAUGUCUAGUUUUUCAGAGAUGUAGAAUAUAUGCGUGUUUUAUAUGUCAUUCAGUACAUUUAUAGAGGCUUUGUAUUUUGUUA